AUGAAAAAGAAGUAUCAAGGCUCUGCAAGAGCAAAGAGGCAGCAGCUUCAAGCUUUACGCUCGGAAUUCGAAACACUUCGAAUGAAGUCGGGAGAAUCAAUUGCAGAUUAUUUCUCUCGCGUGAUGACCAUUGUCAAUAAAAUGCGAAUUCAUGGAGGCAGGACAGAAGAAAUAACUGUCAUAGAAAAAAUUCUUCGAUCAUUAACAACAAAAUUUAACUUCGUUGUUUGUGCUAUAGAAGAAUCUAAAGAUAUAGAUGAUUUGUCACUUGAUGAAUUGCAGAGCUCAUUGGUGGUGCAUGAACAGAAGUUCAAACAGGAAGACACAUAUGAGCAAGCAUUAAAGGCUUCUACCGAUACUCGUUCCAACAAUUUUCAAGGAAGGGGUAGAGGCAGAGGUAGAGACAGAGGCAGAGGAAGGUCCUGUUGGAAGUAUUCAAGUAUGAGUUGUAAUGAAGUACCACAUUGGCUAGACCUAGACCAAGUGAUGACUAUAUAA